AUGUUCUCUUCACCCCUCCCAGCUGUUCUCAAGGCUCAGAAGGAUGGGGCCCUGGGCGAGUUGAAUCUCCAGCCCUAUCCAGCGCAGUGCGGAAACUGUGCUGCCUGGCUCACCUAUGCACUUCUUGUGAAGAACGUCUGGAUUGUCAUCCCUAACAUCGUGGGCUUGUCACUUGGACUUUUCUUCACCUACACCGGCCAUGCCAUGGGCAGCGUCCAGCAGAAGUCAUCCAUCAUGAAGUCGUUUGUUAGUUAUGCCUCUGCCAUCGGCUUGGCCAUCAUCGCUGCCUUCUCGGGAGUUUUUAGCAUCCCUGCCAAGGAAGUGAUCGGCAGAGUUGGGAUUGCGCUGUUGAUGAUCUACUACUGCUCACCUCUCGCAACUAUCUCUACGGUGAUCAAGACUAAGAACGCUCAAUCCAUCGAUCCCUUGCUGACCGUGGCUGGCAUUCUUAACGGUCUGUUCUGGUUCAUGUACGGACGGGCAAUCAGUGACAUCUACGUGUGGGGACCCAAUGGCAUCGGCGCCAUCCUUGCUACCAUAUCGACGGCCUGCUACCUCGUGUACAAGAAGUAA